CUCGUUUUCACCAACAACGGUGGCCAGACUGUUGUCCUCAGCAUACCCUACCUGCGUCGCAGGGAUACGAUAGCCCUGCUGGGACCGUCGGAUCUGCUGGCUGUCAACUCCGUCGCCUUCGCUGCCAAUGGAUCCGCCGCUCCCACGACACUGGCGCCGAGUUUGGGUGUUUAUCAGUUGGCUCAUGGGCAGUUGACGUUAUUCGAUGUGGUUCUGGCCGGCCAGAAGGCAUCUGCUCUUGGACUUGCUUACAGGGCUCUAUACCGCGUCCGGCCAAUCACCGACUCGGAGCAGGGCUCGCCAGGCAAUCGGGUAGCCCAGAUGCCCAGUCCGCGUGCGGGUCGCAGCAAUAAUGUCUCAGCAGCCUACCUUUCGGCACGAAACACCGCCGGCUCCCCCAUCUCAACCCUCUCUGGACAGACAGGAAGCGACGCCGCCAACCAUUCCGUCUCCCUUACCUCUGCCUUUUCAUCACCUGGCCGAAAUAGGUACUGUUGCCUUCUUGCAAUGCGUUGUUCUAAUUAG